AAGAAGAAGAAGCGACGGCCGCUUCCGGUGAGGAAGUAAACACAUGUGACGCUCGCGUGAAGUUGUUCAUUUGCAGCCAUGACGAGGUGGGCGAGGGCCAGCCAUACCCACAAUCACAAACCGGCAGAUGCUACUCCCUGGAGCCAGCUCAGAGGAGGAAGGGGUGGAGGAAAAGCCGGAGGGAACCCUCUGAGGGGGACCCAGGCCGGCGGCUCUGCAGUUAAGAAACACCAGAAGAAGAAGAACUACGUUAACGAGGAUGUGAAUGGGUUCAUCCAGGCCGGUGGCUCUGAAGUUAAGAAACACCAGAAGAAGAAGGACUACGUUAACGAGGAUGUGAAUGGGUUCAUGGAGUACCUCCAGCAGAGCGGACGGCCGCUGCCGCCCCCUUCAGGGGGCGGCAGGAGGGGGCUCAGGGAGGAGGUGGAGGAGGCGCUGCACAAGGACAGGAGGAGGGAGGACCGCAGGGUGAAGAGGCAGACUGACAAGAAGACCAGAAUGCUGUGCUUCAACUGCAGGAAGCCUGGUCACGGCCUGGCUGACUGUCCGGAGGCCGACAGAGACGAGGAGAUGGGUCGAGGGAUCUGCUACCGCUGCGGAUCCACCGAACAUGAGAUCCAUAAGUGUCGAGCCAAAGUGGACCCGGCUCUGGGAGAUUACCCCUUCGCCAAAUGCUUCAUCUGCGGCCAGACCGGACACCUGUCACGCUCCUGUCCAGAUAAUCCCAGAGGACUCUACGCGCAAGGAGGCUGUUGUCGGGUUUGUGGAUCAGUGGAACAUUUCCAGAAGGAUUGCCCUGACCGUCCGGCUGGUGCAAACACAGUGACGGUGGGCUGGUUGUCCAACAAUAUGAGCGCCGACCACGAAGACGUGAGCAUCCCAGUGAAGAAGGCCAAACCCCAGCAGACCAAAGUGGUGAAGUUCUGAUUAGGUCUAACAUGACACUUGGAUCAUCAAUAAGAUGAAGCAGUGCAGUUAAGGAUUCUGCUAAGACUUACUGAUCCGAUCAGGACUGACGAUAACAGUUCUAUCUAUCAAAACUUCUUCUUUGGUGGUCCAAGGUGCUCAUGACAGCAUUCCUGGACGGUGUUCCCGGACCGCCUUCUCCUGCCUCGAUUUUCCACCUUGAUUGGCGGUUCAGACUGAAGGGGGAUUUUGUGGUUUUUGUAACUUCUGGAUGUAAACGGGCUCUGAGGACUGGGUUAAGUGUUUAUCCUGUAAAGGUCUGGUUAAAAACAGCAGCUGAAAUAAAAUAAAACACUUUUCCUUGGUUUGUUAAACUCAUUCUUACUGCCUGGGAGCCCCAGGCUUUUUUGGGGUCCCUGGGCCAGGUUCUGUUUGGGGACCUUAUUUUAUUAAACUCCAGAAUAAAAGAGUUAAGAGGAUCCUGGCGAUGUGUUAAUCAGUUCCACUUUAAGAAGAAAACCAGAUGAAUUUAUGACGCUAAAGUUAAAGGUUGAGCUAGCUAACAGGUCUACGUUGAGGCUAGCGGAGCUAGCAUUGUUUUACAAAUGUAGACAUUUACAAAGUUAAAGGAAAACCUGAAUUUUUAAUGUCAUCAAAUUUGUGAGUGAAAAUUUAGAAUUUCUGACUUUAUUUAUAAAGCUGGCUGAAAAGCAAUUUCAAAUGUUACAACUUGGACAUGAGAAAUAUGAAUUUAAUGUUUUAAAUAAUUGUAAAAAAAGUUAUUUUCAAGAAAAGAAAUCCAAAGUUGUGGAAAUGCAAGGAAAAUGUCCGAAAUUGUUGCUUUAUAAACUCAAUAAAAGAAAACAAAAAUCA